GUAAAGAUUCUACGAAAUGUUAUCUUUUCACAUUAAUAAAAAUAAAAUAAUAUGCAUUUAUUGGAAAUUUUAAGAAUUAUAUAUAUGUAGAUCAGUGUGUGACAUACAUAUAAUGCUUCCUUGUAUUUGCAAAUAACAGGAAUCAAAUUUUAUUACAGCUUCCAAAGAACUUGCUUACAGAUUCUUCAUCAAUUUAAUUCCAUUGGAAGAUUGGAGCUUUUUCUUGCUCUACGGAAGAAACUUUUCGAUUGAAUGCUUCCUGAUCUGCAGUACCAAAGGCUGAUAGUUUUACUAGCUGCGAGUUAAAUUUUAUGGCCUUCGGUACCUUUUGAUCGAACCAGAUGAUGCAAGAAGUAAGAUGUUCAACAAUACGUCGUCGUCAGGAGGAAAACACUUUCAAGCAAAGCAAGAAGGCGAUAGCAAUGAGCCCAUGUUACCAAAGUAUACAUCAUCUUCAAGACAAUGGGGAGGUUUUAAAAACCCGCGAAUCGUAAAGGUAUCUAAGGCUUUUGGAGGUAAAGAUAGGCAUAGCAAGGUUUGCACUGUAAAAGGAUUGAGAGACCGAAGAAUUAGGCUUUCGGUUCCUACAGCAAUUCAAUUGUAUGAUCUUCAAGAUAGGCUUGGGUUAAACCAACCUAGCAAGGUUAUAGACUGGUUGAUUGAUUCAACUAAAGAUGACAUAGAUCAGCUUCCACCCCUCCAAAUGCUACCUGGAGAUUUCAAUCAAUUUCAUCCAGUGCCACCAGCCUUAAAUCCACAAGAUUCGAAUUCAGCUCAGGUUUCCUUCUCCCAGUUUCUUAGUACUCCAAAUGCAACAUUUGUAAAAGAUGUUGGAAAUCGAACCUUACUUUAUACCAAACAAGGAAUCAAUCUUGACCACGAUAAUGACAUCAAUGGAGAUCAUCAAAGAAAGAAAGGGAAGGAAGCACUAGUCGAAAACAAGUGGAACGAACAAGAAAAUGGAGAUGGAAAUGGAAAUGGAGGUUUGAACUUCUUUCCCAUACCUCAAUAUUCUUAUCCAAGAUUGUUUCCAUAUAGUCCUUACUAUAAUUGGGAACCUUCUUCAAACCUAUCAAUUUCCCAAUUCGGAAAUCCUGGACUAGUUUCAUCUCAAAAUGAUUCUUCAAUGAUUCUACCUUCUGCAUCCCAAUUUUCAUUGUGUCCUCCUGCCAUCACACCUUCACCUUUCCCUCCAUAUCCCAUGCCUAGAAUGGGAGAAAACCAUGAUCUUAUUAGACAAAACAAUCACUUCCAUUUGUUAAGCUCAAGUUCCCAACAUGUACCAACAAAUUCUCUCAUGCCACUAUUUAACCUGAGUGAUUCUCAAGAUAAAGUACCCUUUGGUUUGGAUGCCCAUCUCAAUGUUCGGUCGCAUAAAAAAGAUGAUAGGUGAUCAUCUUCAACAGAGAUGACAAGAACAACACUCCAUAUGCUUAUAUGUUUAAUUACCCAAUACAUAUAUAUGAUUUCUUGUAAUAGAUACUAAGGGUGUGUAGUAUAUAUGUGGUGACUGUAUUUAGUACCUGAUGUUUCAGUUAUUUGUUUUGGCAUCUUCGUUUCCAUAAAGGGAUCAUAAACUUUUAAUUUGAA